UGAUCAGAUUAAAGACUAUCGGUAGAGGAAACACCCAUAAAUGAAUAGUUCUAACGAGAUGCUACAUUGAUAUGUGUGAAUGUUUUGUCUUUUUUUAUUCACAUAUUGGAUUAGUUUGGGUCCUUCUCAGAGUUACUGUUGUCAUGAGGUGGGAGUCACAUACCAGGGGCUGACGAAUUCCAUCAGGGUCCCAGGAAUUCUGGUAUUUAAAUAAUUUUUUAUCUGAGAGAGAUUCCUCAGCAGCAUUCAGAUGGGGAAAAGUGGAAGUGUGUAGCAUGUUUGUGUUUGUUUAUCGCUGAAUCUGUAGCUAUAUCAAUGUAAUCAGCAGUUUAGGAACUGCUAUUAUAAUAACAGUAUGGCUUGCUGGAAACGAUACCAUUUGGGACACACUAUUGUCAUUUCAGUGUAUUAGAAGUAAAACAUGGAAAUGCGAGAGCAAACCGAAGAUCCUGAACCGAACAACAUCGAAAGUACUGAACCAGACCACAAGAAGUCAACAGAAAAGCCACAGCGCAUCACUGCCUGCCUGGUGAAUGCAGCGUUCUUUGGUGCCCUUGGGUCAUCUUUUCUCUAUGGCUACAACCUGUCUGUCGUCAACGCUCCUGCACUGUAUAUAAAGACAUUUUACAACCAGACAUGGAUGGAGCGCUACGGAGAACCCAUAGGAUCAGACAUGGUCACCAUGCUAUGGUCCAUCACAGUCUCCAUAUUUGCCAUAGGUGGCCUACUUGGAGCGCUCUGUGUCACGUUGCUCACGAAACUCAUUGGAAGGAAGGGCUCCUUGCUCUUGAAUAACGGCUUUGCAGUGAUAGCUGCUCUUUUGUUAGCCCUGGGGGAGAAGGCUCGAUCUUUCGAGAUGCUCAUCAUCGGUCGUUUCGUCAUGGGGGUGGACUCUGGUAUUGCUCUCAGCGCCCUGCCCAUGUAUCUGGGUGAGAUAUCCCCCAGACACAUGAGAGGCUCCAUUGGCCAAUUCAACUCCAUCCUCAUCUGUCUGGGGGUGUUCACUGGACAAGUCCUGGGACUUCCUGAACUUCUGGGCCAGGAGUCCAGAUGGAACUUUCUCUUUGCCUUCCUGGCCUUGCCUGCCUUGCUGCAGCUCUGUGUGCUGCCCUUCCUACCCGAAAGCCCACGCUUCCUUCUGAUGGAGAGGAGGGAUGAGGCCGGUGCAGAGAAAGCCUUCAGGGCCUUCCUAGGCAAGAAGGACGUGUCCAAAGAGUUGGAGGAGGUGCACGCUGAGGGUCGGGCCCAGAACACCCUGCACAUGGCGUCCGUCACUGAGCUCCUGCUUAACCCUGCCUUGCGCUGGCAGGUCAUCACCGUCAUAGUCACCAUGGCCUGCUACCAGCUGUGUGGCCUGAAUGCCAUCUGGUACUACACCAAUGGGAUCUUGAGGGACUCGGGCUUUGCAGAGAAUGUGAUCCCAUACAUCGUCCUCAGCACAGGCGGUAUAGAAACGCUGGCUGCUGUUGUCUCAGGCCUUGUGAUUGAGCGCAUCGGCAGAAGACCCCUCCUCAUCUUCGGCUUCAGCGCUAUGGCCUUCUUCUUUGGCCUUCUCACUGUGUUUCUCAAUUUCCAGGACCAAUAUACAUGGAUGCCCUAUCUCAGUUUCACCUGUAUUUUGGCUGUAAUUGCCUCCUUCUGCUCCGGUCCAGGUGGCAUCCCCUUUGUACUGACCGGAGAGCUGUUUGAGCAGUCGUACCGACCCGCAGCCUUCAUGAUCGCAGGGAUCGUCAACUGGGUCGCCAACUUCGCAGUCGGACUUUUGUUCCCGUUCAUGCAAGAGUCCCUGCAGACCUAUGCCUUCCUGGUGUUCCUGGUGGUGUGUGUGCUGGGUGCUGUGUACCUCUACUUUAUUCUGCCCGAGACCAAAAACAAGACCUUUAUGGACAUCAGCCAGAGCUUUGCCAAAAUCAACAAGGUUCCGUUGGUUAACAAGGAAAUUGAGAACGAACUUGCCAUCAAGGCUGGUUCAAAGGAAGUAGAAGAAAAUGGAAAAGUCAUCAUCAACGGUGAGAUAGAGAGUUCGUUUUGAAUCAAAGAAAAGCCACCAGGUGUCAGUUUACUGUUGUACAUACUGUAUUUUGAUUCACUGAAGUGAAAUGUAAUUUUUAAGAUAAAGUUUUUCUGCUAGGUGAGUGUACGUUUUUUUGUAUGCAAUAAUUUUCAAUACAUUUUUAAAGCUCUCUUACCGAGAGAAAAAAACAACAGGCAAUUGGCAAACAGUUAUUGCAAAUCUUUGGCUAAUUUGAUGCAAAUCUGCAAAUUAGUUUUGAGGCAAACUUUUGCAGUAAAUUUACAGCGACUUGUAAACUUCUGUCUAACAAUUCUGGGUAACUUGUGGCAAACAUUCUACUGUUUGCUGCGGAUAUGCUGCAAACUCAUUAUGAAUAUGCAAAUUAGAUCAGGUUUUUGGUUACUUUGUGUAUUAACUUUGAAUUGUUGUAUGUACAUAAACCAAAUCACACAUAACGUCAAAUGAACUAAACAUACUAAAUGUGCAAAAUACACUAAACCACAUGUAUUCAAUGUCUUAACAGAUAAAAAAUAAAUCCAAUACAAUUUGAAA